UGAAAACAAAGAAAAAAUUGCACUAGGGUAGUACACCAAUAAAAAAUUCUGAUAAAUUUUAGUAUUAGUGUAGCAGAGAAGAGGAGAUUUAUUAUAAAAAAGACACUGGAGUAGUUAUGAUAAUGGAUGGAGUAAUAAAAUCACAGAAAACAUAUGUCAUUAAUGACAGUAAAAAUAAAGUUACAAGCUCGACUGACUUAGAAGCUGUGCAGUCCCUUUUAUCUCUAAGGUGCUUUCCAACUCAAGAAACUGAAUCGAUUAAAACCAAUGUUAUAUCAACUCUACCAGGAAGAAAAUCUAAAUGCAAAAUUACCUGCAAUCAAGAUAUAACUUUACCCUCACCAGUUCAACAAGAAAUCACAAAGGAAGAGCCAGUGUCAUCCACCACAGACUAUCCUAGUGUGGUGAUAAAGCGCAGUACUUCACCAUUAUCUUCCACAUCAUCUGUUUCUUCAACAAGUUCAUCAGAUGAAACUGCAGAAAAAACACCAAGCCAAACCGUAAUAUCACAAGUACAAAAUAUUGACCUUGAAACAUUCCGCGUUCUACAAAAUUUACAAAAAGUAACCGAUAUAAAAAACUUAUCAGAUCUGAAAAAUCUUCAAAAUUUGCAGACACCUGCAAUUUUAAUUUUAUAUCCACAACAACCUUUAGAUCACAACCGAGAUGCAAAUAAUCCGGAUCAAUCUAAAAAACCGGAGCCAAGUGCAUAUGAUAUAAUUAAGAGUGCUGCCUCUAUUCCUGUAAUCAGUGUGUCAUCAACUGUUAAAGAUAACGACCCAUCAAGGGAGCGUAUACACAUAUGUCCAUAUCCCAAUUGCAACAAGACAUAUUUUAAAAACUCACACUUAAAAACACACAUCAGAUCUCACACAGGUGAAAAACCAUUCAAAUGCACUUGGCCUGAGUGUGAACGUUCGUUUGCUCGAUCAGACGAAUUAGCACGUCAUAAACGUUCUCAUACUGGAGAAAGAAAAUUUCAAUGUCCUUUAUGUUCUCGGAAAUUUAUGCGUUCAGAUCAUCUUACAAAGCAUGCUAAAAGACAUAUGACCGCGAAAAAGAUUCCUGGUUGGCAACGGGAAAUCAACAAACUUAGCGAGAUGUCGUCGGUUACGUUUCAGUAUCCUUCUUUGAUAUCGGAGCAAACGUUAGCUCGAAAUAAAAUGCAAAUCGAAUAGAAGUAAUAAUUUUUUCUAUACACGCACUGAAUUUGUAUAUAUGUAUAAAAUAACUUUAAAUUUUGCUUG